AUGAGCGAUAGUGGUGGCUCGUCGCCUUUUCUGAAGAGCCCUCUGCGGGCUCCGUCGAAGCUCGAAGAGACAGUCGACAAAGAUCGUAAGCUCAUGUCGUUGCAGUACAAGCUGAAUUCGGUUCAGAACGAGUUUGAGAUUGAGAGACUAAGGCUGCAGCAGCAGUAUAACUCGGUAGACAAGAAAUAUAGGGUUAAAGUGGAAGAGCUUGAGAAGGCCCUCAGCGACACGACAUUCCUGUAUGAGACGAAUAACAAAUUAGAGCAGGAAUUGAGGGAGCUGAAAGUUCAGUUGGACGACUCCCAAAAUCGCAAAGAUCAGGUAAUACAGGAUUUAAGACGGAAGCUUCAUGUCAAGGAACAAGAAGGUCUUGAUCGCCUGUCAGAGCUACAGUCCAAAUUGUCUGAUAGAGAGCACGUCAUCGACCGUUUGAAGAUUGAGGCUCAGAGCUCACAAUCACUAGUGAAGAGGUACGACGAGGAGAUUGCGAAGCAGGCAGCUGAAAUCAAACAGCUGCGCAAGGCCAGCACGGAAAAGGACGAUGAAAUUGCGUCCCUGCGAGCCUCGCGAGUCAUAAUGGCUCAUCACAAUUAUUCUACGGAGGAGCUUCAGGAGCUGACUGUCGUAAACAAAAUGUUCAAGGAUCAGGUUCAAUAUACUAAAGAACUGGAGGAGGUGAACCUUCAGCAAGCAAGCGAGCUAAAAAAACUGAGGGUUUCUUCAGACUCGCAGCAAUUUUGGAAAUCUGAGAAUGAAAAGCUUAAAAACAAGCUGGAGCAAAUGGACCAGAUGGAAAGGCAAAUCCAGGACCUGCAACUUGAGAAUCUGAACCUAAAAUCGCAGUUGGCUUCAUGGGAUAUCUACAAUAAUGGUAAGGACAGACCAGAAGAUAUCAUUCGAGAAAUCAAAUUAGCCAAGGAGUCUUUAGUGGUCCUCACAGAUGAAAAUGAAAAGUUUCGUUUAGAUAACGGGAACUUGAAAAUGCUCAACGACGAGCUUGCUCUGGAGCGUAAUCAGCUUCUGGACUUGAGUAAGAACUAUGAGGCUAGUAUAAUAAACUACAAAAAACUCAACCACGAAAUCGAGCAGCAGAAGCAGCUAGCUUUCGAGGAGUGUAGGCUCUUGAGAAAGCAACUGGAUGAAUUUGCAGCAUUUAACGAGGAAUCUAGAGAAGGUAACGAAGCGAAGCAGGCUAAGGGUUUGAAAGAGCUAGAAACAAUAGUUGACGGUUAUAAGAAUCAAACGGAAGAUUUGACUGAAGAGUUACGGAAACUUAACGACCAGCUACUAGCACAAGAGCCAUCUUUGAAAAAACGGAAAAUGAGCGAUCAGCUGGGAUUAAAUUACUCCCAGAGAUUGAAUGAGCUGCAAUUAAACAAUGUUAAGAUCUUACGGGAAUUACAGAACAGCCAAAACAACAACAAGAUCUUGCAAGAGAAAUUGCAAAAAUUAUCAGAUCUGAAGGAGAAGAGUAUUCGUAUCCUGCAGCUGCGAGACAACCCACUACUCAAGGAUCAGUUUGUCAAGCGGAAGCAAUUGCAACUCCUGAAGAAAGAAAACGAAGAUCUCUUGCGAGAACUAAGCAAUGAGGAAGGAAUACCGGUUGAGCGGAUACCUAGGUCCAUUUAUGAAUCGCUUUCGUUCGAGCUCAAGCAGAGGGAUGACGAUCUGCUGAGGGCCGGUAAAAAGUUCAAUCGGCUCAAGGAGAUGUUCAACAAGAAGUCAUUGGAAUUUAUAGACGUGGUCAAUUCACUUCUGGGAUUCAAGCUGGAGUUUCAACAAGAAGGAAAGGUCAAGAUUUUCUCCGCCUUCAAACCGGAACGGUACCUGACUGCCGAUCUCAAUCAAAAUACGUUAAAAUCUAACUUGACUGCCGACUUAGACGAUUGGGAUAGUCUGCUCCGAACCUGGGUCGACGAAAGAGGUCAGAUUCCUUGCUUCCUUGCAACUCUGACCCUGCGACUGUGGGAGAUGUCAAAUGAGAAUAAGACCGACAAGACCACUUGA